AAAGCCAAUCCUGGUUCUUCUUCUUCGCCUUUCAGACAACGUUGAGGGCAGGACUCCUCCGAAGCUAUAUUGACGGACGUAGACUGUAUGUGAAGCAUGGCGGGGGAAGGAGAGAAAAAAGCAGUUCUAGAAAUGAUCCAGGCUGACGGAGGCGAUGAGGGCUGUGUGACGUUUGUGCUGCAUGAUGAAGACCAUACACUAGGCAACUCCGUCAGAUACAUGAUCAUGAAGAAUGUGGACGUGGAGUUUUGUGGCUACACCAUCACCCAUCCGUCCGAGAGCAAGAUCAACUUUCGCAUUCAGACACGAGGGGGAAUCCCAGCCACAGAGCCCCUGCGAAAAGGCCUCAAUGAUCUCAACGAUGUUUGCCAACACGUUCUGAACACCUUCCAGGCAAAAGUUAAUGCGUUCAAAGAGGGACAGGAGACACCCAUGGAAUGAACGGCAUCACACAGGACUGCACACAGUGACCUCCACAUUUCCCUCUUUUAUGUACCUUCUGGCUACACAGAGGAAAGUCCUCGAAACUGUUUGAUCAAGUCCCAAUCAAGCAUUUGUACAGUUUAGUUUUUGUAUUAUGUUUAAAUGAAGUUGUGAUGUAUGAUGAGUGUGUUUAGCAUUUCUGAAUUUUUGGAAUAUUAUGAGAAACAAAUUUAGGUCUUAUUUUCCUUUUGGUGGAUUUCACGACAAGUUUUUGUGUCAUACCGUUCUCAGUCAUUUGACUUGGCUAUAAUAUUUAUUUUUGCAACGACUCAUGUAACACUGUUUUGAAGGUUCUAUGACUAUAAAUGAUGAGUCUCUGGAAUACCAAAAUUGCUCUCAUCUGUCCUUUGAAGCUGUUUGACAAAUAAAGGAAGAAGUGGAAUUUCCUUA